AUGCUCUGGCGUCUCUGGGCGAGCCCCAACGGGAUCAACCGUUACAAGCACGGCCAGGAGUCGUGGGCGCUCGUCACCGGCGCGUCUGACGGCAUCGGCAAGGCGUGCGUCCCCUUCCUCCCCGCCUCAUCCGUAGCAAAAGCCCUCGCGCAAAAAGGCUUCCACGUCCUCCUGCACGGGCGCAACCCCACGAAACUCACCGCCGUCCGAUCCGAGCUCGCCGCCGAGUGCCCGAACGCGCAGUUCGAAAUCGUCGUCGCGGACGCGACCAAGUCCGCGCUGGCGCGCGAGGUUGCGGAGGCGUGUAAGGGCCGGACCGUGACGAUCCUGGUGAACAACGCGGGGUAUACGAGCACGCUGAUACAGCCGCUGGAGACGCAGGACUACGACGCGGUACAAAGAGGCAUCGACAUCGGGUGCAGCUGGACGACGCAGCUCACGCGCGCGCUCCUCCCGCAGCUGCGCGCGGACGCGCCCGCCGCGGUCGUCAACGUCGGGAGCUACGUCGCCAGGCACCCCCCGCCGUUCCUCGCGGUGUACGCGGGGACGAAGGGGUACAUGCUCGCCUUCUCCCGCGCCCUCCGCACCGAACUCGCCCUCCUCUCCCCCUCACCCAUUUCCGUGCAAUACCACGAAAUCCACUCCGUCGCGACCAAGGCGAACGGCUCGCCCGUCUCGCUCGCCGCGCCGCACCCCGACGUCAUGGCCAGAGCCAUCAUAGUCGCGAUCGGGCGGGACAAGGAGUAUGUGACGCCGUACUGGGUGCACGAGCUCACGAGCUGGGUGUUGCGGGUGUUGCCGGAGCGCGUGGUGGCGAGGAUGGCCGGGGGGAUUUUGCAGGGGCAGAGGACGGAUAUCAAGAGGGGGGAGGGAGAGGAGGCAGGCGGAGUAGGGGAGUAGGGAUGGGAUGGCGCGGAGGCCGUUUUCUUGACGCUGCGUGGGUAGGUACUCCGUUUCGUGGACGUUGCAUCACAUGUACCUACUGCCAUUCCGGUACAUGCAGACCUUCUUUCGCAGCGUACAUCGCAUGUUAUCCUCCCACCCCGGAGGCCAGGCCUCGGUACGUCCUCAAACCCACCCGUGCUUCAGAUCCUCCGAAAGCUGCGCCCCCGCAGCACAAGCACGCGGCAUCCCUCGAGCGACAUUCCACCUCCCCCCGCGAGACGCCGAGGACUGCUGCGACACGCAGCGGCUAGCGCUUCCUGCACGCACACCUUGGCCAGCCGAGAACGAGCGCAGGCAGCGAUAUCACCGCCAGCAACCGCCACAUCCACCAACCACGAUACCGCUCCGCUCACUCACCCGCCCGCACCAAACAGCGGCAGCGCGUCCGCGAGUGUCCCCCCGAAACUCCUCUUCUCGCUAAAACAGGUUCGCAAACGAGGGCACCAAGUACGAGUACGAGUCACCCACUGCGGAUAGGAAGGAGC